AUGGCUGGAUCUCAAGGACAAACAGCAAAAGUAAUUUUAAAAAGUGAAGAUGGUAUAUCUUUUCUUGUUGAUUAUGAAGCUGUCAAAAAGUCAAAAACACUUGAAAAAAUAAUGAAUGAAAUUGGUAUUGCACCAAAUGUAAUGAAAACAGUUAAUGUACCAAAUGUUCCAGCUGAUAUAUUGAGAAAAAUCAUUCAAUACAUUGAACAUUACAAAGAUGUAAAUGAAAGUGAUGAUGAAGAUCCUGAAGAAAUUUGUCUCAUAUCAAAUUGGGACAAAGCAUUUUUAAAAGUUGAUGAAACAACUCUGUUUCGAUUACUUACUUGUGCACAUUAUAUGGAAAUCAAAGGUCUUAUAAGAGCAACAUCCAAGACUGUUGCUCAGAUGAUCAUGAAUAAAACACCAGAUCAAAUUCGUGAACGUUUUGGUAUUGAAAAUGAUAUUGUUGAAGAGGUACAAGCUGAAAAUGAUCAUGUUGAAAAUGUACAAGCUGAAAAUGAUCAUGUUGAAAAUGUACAAGCUGAAAAUGAUCAUGUUGAAAAUGUACAAGCUGAAAAUGAUCAUGUUGAAAAUGUACAAGCUGAAAAUGAUCAUGUUGAAAAUGUACAAGCUGAAAAUGGUCAUGUUGAAAAUGUACAAGCUGAAAAAGGUCAUGUUGAAGAGGCACAAGCUGAUAAUGGUCAUGUUGAAGAUGUACAAGCUGAAAAAGGUCAUGUUGAAGAUGUACAAGCUGAAAAAGGUCAUGUUGAAGAUGUACAAGCUGAAAAAGAUCAUGUUGAAGAGGUACAAGCUGAAAAAGGUCAUGUUGAAAAUGAUGACAAAAAAGAAGAAGUUAGUGAGUUAUAA